GGGCUGAGACGUUAGCGCAAGCGCGAGCGCGUUCCUUCCUUUUUUGUCCAGAGAGCUCGCGGGAGAGACGCGGCCGAGCAGCCGGCGCUUAUACCUUAAACAUGAUCUGUCUUUUUCUGACGCUCCUCGCGCACGUUUUCAAGACAGGAUGGACGGGGGUAAAUGAGCGCACUUUCAUUGCCGUGAAGCCUGAUGGGGUCCAGAGGAAGCUAGUUGGAGAAGUUAUUCGCCGCUUUGAGAGAAAAGGCUUUAAACUGGUCGGCCUGAAAUUCCUGCAGGCUUCUGAGGAGCAACUGAAGGAGCACUACUGGGAAUUGAGAGAGAAACCAUUCUACAAAGGACUUGUGAAAUACAUGAGCUCCGGCCCUAUUGUAGCAAUGGUAUGGCAAGGCCUGGAUGUAGUGAGAACAUCUAGAAAGAUGCUCGGAGAGACAAAUCCGGCUGAUUCUCUUCCAGGGACCAUCCGAGGAGAUUACGCUGUGGAAGUGGGCCGGAACGUUAUCCAUGGCAGUGACUCAGUGGAGAGCGCUCUGAGAGAAAUCUCCCUAUGGUUCAAAGGGCAUGAGCUCGUCUGCUGGGAAGAGAGCACUGAGCACUGGAUCUAUGAAUGAUGCCCUCCCCUUCACCACACCAGCACACACACGUACAUGCAGCACUGCGCCCUGAUGUGUGUCUAGCAAUAAAAAAUUGUUCCCUAAA